AAGAGGGUGUUGUAAACAAGAGGGAAAGGAGACGUCUCAGAAUGCAACACAAGAAGCAGACCGUUUAACAAAAUAAGCAGAUGUUAUGAGUUUUUCGAUCGAUGGAGAAGACGCUAGUAUUUCUUACAGAGUGUUUCAAAACUGUGCCCUGGACCCACUACACCCUGGAUUGAUUCAAAAUGGCGGACGACGAAAAGACCGAAAAUUGUGAAGAAAGCUCCGAGAAAGAUGAUACCGCUGAUUCUCCCCUUGCUAACGGAGUCUCUGAAUCGAGCGAAUUCAAAAAUUCUGCCGUUAUUACAAGCAAUAACAAAAAGAAAAAGAAAAAAGGGAAAAAGAAAGAUGAAUCCACAUCGCUUUUGCCAUCACCCCAAGCUCUAGCACAACUGCAAAAGGCGGUGGGUCGAUUACGUUUUAAUGAAGCUAUCAAUGGGGGAAAAGGAAAAGGAAAAAAUGCGAAUGUGUUUGAGAAAAAGUACGAGUUUUGGGAUACACAGCCGGUUCCGAAAUUGACGGAGGUUUGUCUUGAAAAUCGUGCAGUUGAAGAUGAUAAAAAAAUUGAAGACAUUAGGCAAGAUGAAUAUUCGCUCCCUAAUGGAUUUGAAUGGGCAACUUUGGAUAUUGAUGACGAGAUGCAGCUGAAAGAAUUGUAUCAACUAUUAAAUGAAAAUUAUGUUGAAGAUGAUGACAAUAUGUUUAGAUUUGAUUAUUCCUCGGAUUUUCUAAAAUGGGCGCUGAAACCACCUGAAUGGAAAAAACAGUGGCAUUGUGGUGUACGUGUUUCUUCAAACAAAAAAUUAGUUGGCUUCAUUAGUGCUGUACCUGCAACAAUCAAUAUUUAUAACACAGUUAAGAAAUGCGUUGAGAUCAAUUUCCUUUGCGUACACAAGAAACUUCGGGAAAAACGUGUCGCCCCAGUCCUUAUCCGUGAAAUAACAAGACGAGUAAACUUGCAGGGAAUAUUUCAAGCCGUGUACACUGCUGGAGUUGUCUUACCUAAACCAGUCUCCGCAUGUCGGUAUUGGCACAGAUCACUUAAUCCAAAGAAGCUUGUUGACUGCAAGUUUUCAAAUCUUAGCAAAAAUAUGACGAUGUCAAGGUUGAUAAAGUUGUACAAGUUGCCAGAGGAGAUUACCUUACCUAAUCUUUAUCCUAUUCUACCCAAUGAUAUGGAGGAUGCCUACUUGAUUGUUAAAGAGUAUUUGAAAAAAUUCUCACUUUCGCCUGUGUUUUCUAAGGAAGAGUUUCUUCAUUGGUUUACACCUAGAGAUGGUGUAAUGACUUGCUAUGUUGUCAAGAAUGACGAAGGAAAAAUCACGGAUUUAAUCAGUUACUACACACUACCAUCGACAAUUAUGAAGCAUCCUACUCAUAAAUCUUUAAAUGCUGCUUAUUCAUUUUACAACGUCAGUACAGUUACGCCAUUAAGUGAUUUAAUGCAAAAUGCUUUGAUUAUAGCGAAACAGAAUGGCUUCGAUGUUUUUAACGCUCUUGAUCUUAUGGAUAAUAAGGAAAUUCUUGAAAAAUUGAAGUUUGGAAUUGGUGAUGGAAAUUUACAAUAUUAUCUUUAUAACUGGAAAUGUCCCUAUAUGGAAUGUGAAAAGGUUGGCUUAGUCCUGCAAUAGAUGUUACUAAAGUGCCAUUUGUAUGCUUUCUGUGAAACUAUUCUGAAGAAGUUGUCAGAUAAUCAUCGUUUUCAUCAUUUUCUCGAGUUUUUUUAUACACAGUCGCCACGUGCGUUUUUUGAUUGACAUUUUCCUCUUGUGGAUUUCUACGAAAAAUAAAAUAACGAAAAAAUAUGUAGAGUCGUGUUGAUCAAAUCUCACUUGGAAUACGACAAUCACAUGAAAUGGUUUUUAUGUUUGGAUUAUGAACUCUGGCUUUUACGUCUUAUAACACAAACUACGCGUUAAACGUGUGUAUAAUUGUAGUAGAAAUUCAUCAUUUUUUAAAGUGUUAGGUUUACUGCUUUGUCUUUGACUUUUUAUGUCAAAGAAAUAUAAACUUGAUAUUCAACUCCGCAGUAAUUAUAUGAAAACUCCAACUGUUGA